CAUGCUUAGACACCUAUAAGAAGCGUUGCUCGUUUCAUUUGACUGUAGCGCCACGACUAACUCAAAGAAUUGAAACAUUAAGUUUGAGUAUUUACAAAGAAAGACAACUUAUACUCAAUAACUGUUUUAAAAUUGAUAUAAUGUUUGGAAUUCGACUUACGAUUGUAUUAUUAAGUCUGAUACUGACUACUCUUGCCAGUGGCCAAGAAUACGUGAAGAACUAUGAAGACUCUGUUUCUCGUGGAGCCAAAUACGAAUCUGUCGUGUCCAAACUUGAGGCCAUUCUAACGAGGCUGAAAUCUCACAAGAACUCGGUGCUGCAAAAUACAAUAAACGAGGACUAUUACUCUAAAGUGAAGACUCUCGUAAGCAACACUGCAAAACUCCUCCAACUAAAUCGUGAAGACCCCGUAGCCCUGGAUCGCAGGACGUUACAGUAUAACAUCAAAAAUCAUAAGGGACAACUGCGACUGAAACAGGGACAGCUCUUCGGCCUUUCAACGUUUCAUCCAGUGGGAGAGCCUCGGGUUACACAAACUGGCUUUAAAACAGUGACGACGGCUUGGCUAGAAUGGAGAAAUUUGGAAGUGACGUAUUUAUUAGCCACUAAAUUAUAUGGUGUGUACAUUAUUGGGGAAGUACGCGCUCGUAUUAAAGACCCGGUUCAAGUCUUCAUUGAGAUUUCAGAAAACAGGGCAAAGACCUCUUCGCUAGCUGUUUUGACAGCUUAUGAACCUUCUAAAGUUGGAACCAUCUCUGUGAAAGUCCCCUCUCUCAAUUUCCUCGGAGUAAGCAGAUUUAAGAUGGAGAAACUGAUUGCUGAAGGUAUUCGAGAUGCCAUUGGAGAAGCUUUACAAAGUACUGUUCGAAGGUACCUGAAACUUAGCUUGAAAAAGUACUGAUGCAGUGGUUCCCAAACUCUUUUAGUCUGAGGCUCCCUUGAUGUGGAUAAAAAAUUUUGAAGACCCCCCCCAACCUAUAACUUUACCAUGGUGAUUGAAAAACAGUAAGAACAAUAACAUAUCCUUUCAUUUAUUUAAUUCAAAGUAAUUUUUAUCGACUUAUUGUUUAUUUAAGAUUAAAAUUAAAUCUUUGUUUUCGGCCCCCAAGGAAGCCACGGUUAACAUUGCAAUAGACUGGCACUGAGAGAUGUACUUGAAAGAUAGGUUAAUAAUUACCCUAAUUAAUUGUUAGCCGUUUUUGGUUUCAUGUAGGCCUAAUUCAAAAAUGCACAAGUUCUAUAAAUUAAAAACCUAUAUAUACAUAUAUAUAUAUAUAGUGUACAUGUUCCUCACUAAGUAUACUCAUCAGUGGUAUUAAUAUUGUUUGUAAAUUUAUUGUAUUAAAAAUAUGCUUGUAGUUGUACAAAUGUGUUUAUACAUAAUUAUACCUCUGCAUUUGUCACUGUUUGUCAGAAGACUAUUUAUUUUUUGUUAACUUCCUUUAAAUUAAUGUCCUAAUUCUAAUACAACAGUAAAUAUCGAAGCUCUGAAUGAUACGGUUUAUUCAUUUCUUUGUCGAAAAGCAUCAAGUCAUAGGAGUUGUUGCUCUCAUUUAUCAUCGUAGUAAUAACAACAUUGUAUCAGUCAGUGGAUAAGGGUGUUAAUUCUACUUGAUCGCAUCAUUUGUAAGUUUCAUAUUCUAUAAAGAAUUUUAAUAUAUGUUUAGAUUUUAUGGCUACUUACUAGUUGUGUGUUUACGUAUGUGAUGAAUAAAAUGUUGUUGACACCAGA